GCGCUUAGUGAAAACAAUUAACUAACAAAUUAGAAAACAUUACAAUUAUCAAUCGUUAAAAAUUGAGCAGUGCUGGUGUUAAAACUAAUAGCACAUAAUUUUUAACACGAAAACAAAAUUUGUUGCCCAAACUGAUAAGAGCGUCGAGUCAACUGCAAACCAAACCAGAUGCCGCAGCCAGAGCAAGGGGCACAGGCGCUCAGUAGCUUGCCAGCAGUUGUUGACUACGGUAGUGUGAGCAAGCCGGAGCCGCAUUCGGAGCUGCCAUUGAAAACACGUGAACAGCGCUCGCCGUCGUUUGUUGUAGUAAGAGAAGCAACGAGUGGUCCAAGCUACGCCAGAAUGACGCACUUGCCGCAUGCUGAGGCGCAGCAGCCGCUGCAGCGACUAGAGUUCUUUUUGAAUAUAGUGAAUCAAAUGUGCAUUGGAUUUAUAACAAUCUAUAUAUCGUAUUUGACGCUGCGCACAGGUUUAGCAGGCACUGGACUGCACGCCUGGCUGGUUACUAUUGGAUUCUCCUUCUUUAUGGCGCAGGGCAUUAUGGUGCACUACUCCAACAAUGUGCUGACGAGCAGCUAUAAGCGUCAUACAAAGACCACCAUACAUUGGGUAACAAUGGUACUCGGCGGUGGCUGUGGCGCAGCCGGCGCGCUCAUCAAAAUGAUCCAAAAGGGUUUUCUACUGCAAUCCACUCAUGGCAGACUAGGUUUGGCCGCCUUUGUGCUCUGUCUUGUAACCAUGUGCUCCGGAUUGGCCGCUCUUUUCUCCAUGCGCAUUAAGAAGCUGCUUGCGCCGCUGCUGAACAAAGCUUUCCAUAAUUUUCUAGGCAUUGCCGUCUUUGUUGUCGCUUUGGUAACUCAAUUUUAUGGCUAUGAAACAAAAUAUUUUAAAACCCGAACUCAGAACGACUUUCAAGUGCUAAUCAAGUGUCUUACACUUACAUCGUUAGUUUUGACUGUCAUAGGUCCAUUGAAAUCUUUAUAUCAUCGACUGCAAAGCAUUGCGCGACAAUUUUAAGACAAGCAGAUUCUCAACUCAAAACGCAUUUUGUUUUAUAAAAAAUACAUAAAUAAAAAGUUACAUACAUUUAAAAAUGUAUUCCCCCAACUUGUUAGUAUUU